AUGGGUUGCCUUCUUCAGUUGAGAAAGCGACCUAUCUCGGUCACCUUCUCGCUGGAGAAGGCAACCCAGAUCUGGGUUGUCAUCUCUGGAAAUUACUCGACGGCUGGAGGAGGUGCGGUUCUUAGAAACCACAAAGGAAACUGGAUGGAAGGUUGCUCUUUCUCGUUUCACGCCAAUAACCCACUAGAGGCUGAGCUCACUGCACUUUAUCUAGCCUUGCAAUGGACAACAACUAAAGGAAUCAUAGACAUGGAGAUUCAAAGUGAUUGUAAGGAGUUGACCAAGCGUCUUAAUGAGAACAGUCGAGGAGGGAACAACAUGGGGCAGUUGGGGAUUAAAUGCAGAGAGCUCAUCCGGAAAAGUGGUAAUUUUUCUCUGGUGCAUAUAUUCCAUGAACAAAACACUGUUGCAGAUUAUUUAGCAAAGCAUGGGUGCAAUUCUAGAGAGAUCAUGACCCUUUUUGUUUCACCCCCUCCUUGA